AGAGGGGCCGGAACUGGUCCCGGAGGGCCACCCCCACCCCCGCCCCCACCCCCUGCGCCCCGGAAUCGCUGCACGUGGUCGGCGAGCGCGGAGGCGCUUCCUGGCGUCCCAGGGGAGCCCGGGCUGACGAAAGGCCGCUCCCAGGUCGGCUGUGCCGGCCGCGCGGGGCGAAGGCUUCCCCCCGGAGCCCGAGGCGAGCCCCACGGGCGGCUCCCACGGGUGGGGCGAGUGGAGCUGAGCUGGCUGUUCCAGAAUGAACCGUAGCGCUGAGAAGGGGAAGUAGACCCCGCUGGUUCUCUGCUAUGGCCUGUGAGCCGCAGAUGGGCGCUGGCGGGGCGGCCGGCCCCUUGCCCACCUCCUCUCCUGGCUGGAGUGCCCUGCCGGUGGGGAGCCCUCCUGGCUGGGGGCAAGAUCUCCGCAAUGGCCAGGUCCUUACGGUUCUCCGGAUCGACAAUACCUGUGCACCCAUCUCCUUUGAUCUGGGAGCCGCAGAACAGCAGCUGCAGACCUGGGGCAUUCAGGUCCCGGCUGAUCAGUACAGGAGCUUGGCUGAGAGCGCCCUCUUGGAGCCCCAAGUGAGAAGAUACAUCAUCUACAACUCCAGGCCCAUGCGGCUGGCCUUCGCUGUGGUUUUCUAUGUGGUGGUGUGGGCCAACAUCUACUCCACCAGCCAGAUGUUUGCCCUGGGGAAUCACUGGGCGGGCGUGCUGCUCGUGACCCUGGCCGCGCUGAGCCUGACGCUGACUCUCAUGCUCAUCUUCGAGAGACACCAGAGGAAGGCCAACACCAACACGGACCUCAGGCUGGCGGCUGCCAACGGAGCCCUGCUGCGACACCGGGUGCUGCUGGGCGUGACGGACACAGUGGAGGGCUGCCAGAGCGUGAUUCAGCUCUGGUUUGUCUACUUUGACCUGGAGAACUGUGUGCAGUUUUUGUCUGAACAUGUUCGAGAAAUGAAGACUAGCCAAGAGUCCCUGCUGAGACGCAGGUUGAGCCAGCUCUGCGUUGUCAUGGAGACUGGGGUGAGCCCCACGACGAUGGCGGAGGGGCCUGAGAACCUGCUGGAGGAAGCUCCCCUCCUGCCCAGCAGUUCCCGUCCCGCAGAGCGGCCUCUCGUGCAGACUGAGCUUCACCAGCUCGUUCCGGAGGCUGAGCCGGAGGAAAUGGCCCAGCAGCUGCUGGCAGUGUUUGGUGGCUACUACAUCCGGCUCCUGGUGACCUCCCAGCUCCCCCAGGCAGUGGGGACACGACACACAGACUCUCCAAGGGUUCCGUGCCCCUGCCAACUCAUAGAAGCCCACAUCUUGGGCACAGGGUGCUGCCCAUUCCUGGCCAGGUGACCUAGGCACAAAGGUACUCAUCCUCCUCCAGGACUGAAGGCGAGAAGUCAGGGAGGCCUCAGGAGCCCAGGGUGGCCCAUGGUGAGCCCUAGGCGAGGAGAAAAGCAUCUGGGGACACUCUGAAGGGUGUGUCACAUCAGCAAUGGGGUGUCGUGCUCACUCCAGGACCCUGCACAGAAGUGACUGUUGACAUCCCCUGGUGACUCCAGGCCUUUUCAGAAGCAAUGGUUGCCAGCUGCUCCCACCUGCAAACUACUCUCCGGGAUGCUUGGAGCUGUGGGCCUGGAGGGAAGGGCCGCUCUGCCAUCGCGUUCACUGUCUCAACAGCCCAGCAAAUGUGAAGAUGACCAUCAACAUUUGGUCUCUGCUGAUGCCCCCGUCUCCACCCUCUCACGUCAGAUGGGGUAACAGAGGCCCUGGGAGGAUGCUGCUCUGUGUGGCCCUGCCUUGGGCCUCUAGGAUGACAAGGCUGCCUCUUCCCAAUCUGAAAAAAAAGAAGUCGAUUCUCAGAAUGUUCUCCUUCUUUAAGUUUUCUCCUGUAUUUAAGGAAAAACAGUGGUACCUCUGCUUGUUGUCUGCCAGUACACAGGCUACCAGGAGACAGAGGAAAGAAAGAAGCAGCAUGUAACUGCUAGUGGGGCUAUUUGGAGAAGACCCGUUUUGAGGACUUAUUUCGCUCAAAGGCCUGUGUGCUUGUGGCUGUGGUUUUAUGCUGCAGGUGGAGAGCAACGCCCGGUUUCCUGGCCCUGGCCGUGGCCUGGAGGAAGCAUCCACUGCCACUCGUGGGUCCCAUGAAGAGCUGAGCCUUCAUUUGCAGUUUGGCCUCACCUCCCACGAAGUAAAAAGUUUCAUAAGUUGAAACGUUUUGCUGGACUGACAUACCUAUGCCAUAGUAGCUGUUGGUUCCUAUGCAUGCUUCAAAGCCCCGCCUUUCUUACCCCACCUUUAGGAAGCUUUCCGACACAGCCAGGCCUGCUACUGUUUGCCUCCUUUUACAUUCUUGAUGUAGCUGCUGCCUUUACUGAUUUUUUCUGUUAUUGAUUCUA